CUAGCAGGGUAGGGCCGCCAGUGGUUGCCAGAGCUUGCAGCGGGCGGGGCCAGACGGGGCGGGGUGCGGACUCCUACACCUCCUGGGCACCCGCGGCCACAUUCGUGACCGAAGCUGACAAGUGGACACCUCUGAGGCUCGGAAAAGGUGUCCUAAAACACUCAUGGCAAACUUCAAGGGCCACGCUCUCCCAGGGAGUUUCUUUCUGAUAUUUGGGCUAUGGUGGUCAGUGAAGUACCCACUGAAGUACUUUCAUCAAAAGGGCUUGAAGAAGAACAGACUGAGCCAGCAGCAGCAGCGUAUCGAGAUGAUUGAAGGUGCAAUCAAAACUUUGUUUGCAGUCAUUGGGAUCCUGGCAGAGCAGUUUGUUCCAGAUGGCCCUCACCUCCACCUCUACCAUGAAAAUCAAUGGACGAAGCUAAUGAAUUGGCAGCACAGCACCAUGUACCUGUUCUUUGGCAUCUCAGGAAUCAUCGACAUGCUCACCUACCUUUACUUCAACAUUGUGCCCCUGGGGGUAGACAGACUAGUUUUGGCUAUGGCAGUAUUCAAUGAAGGUUUUCUCUUCUACUUCCACGUUCACAACCGACCUCCACUGGACCAGCACAUCCACUCACUUCUUCUGUUCGGUUUGUUUGGAGCCAGUGUCAGUAUCUUCCUGGAGGUGUUCUUUCGGGAUAACAUUGUGCUGGAGCUUUUCCGAACCAGUCUCCUUAUUUUCCAGGGGACCUGGUUCUGGCAGAUCGGAUUUGUCCUGUUCCCCCCAUUUGGAACUCCAGAAUGGGACCAGAAAGACAUGGACAACGUCAUGUUCAUCACCAUGUGCUUCUGCUGGCACUAUCUGGUUGCCCUUUUCAUCACAGCCACCAAUUACACUCUCGUUUACUGCUUCCUGACUCGGGUGAAGAGGCAUGCAGAAGGAGAAAUCAUUGGGAUCCAGAAGCUGAAGUCUGAUCACACUUACCAGUCAGCCCUUCUGAGUGGCUCCGAUGAGGAGUGACACCAGGCUUUGGGGAAGGAAGUUCAGACCUCACAUGCUUUGUGAACAAUAGCUGGAAUGAAGCUUGUCCCCUCUAUUUUUAGGCUUGCGUUAGUGUGCUCUAAGGGCUCCAUAUUUGCAUUCCUCACCAAAUACAAAGCUAGAGGCUCAAAUACAGGAAAUUAGAGCUCAGGUGUUUUUAUGUACCAUGCUAUUUGGAUAUUCAAGCAUAACAACUUGUAAAGUCUGUAGUAGAGUAAUACCAUUCAUACAGAAAAAUGAACACCUUUUAGUAGCAAGCCUAUUCUUGUAGAGAACUUUCUGUAGGAUUGGAACGCCCACAACAGAAGUGACAUGUGGAUGAAGUAAACUGUGAGAGGACUUCACACGCGCUACUUCUGAUAACUUGCCCCCCCCUCAAUCUCACGGGUACUUUCUUCUCAGAAAUGUAUCGGGACUUCGUAGAUGACAGUGCAGUGCCUUCAAUUCAGAGCCCAAAUCCUAAUGUGUCUUUUAAAUAACAAAACUCACAAGCUUUGGUAUUUUAAGUGCUAACUUUUUAAAACAUUCUCCAGUAAGUCAUACCAGAGCACUGCAUUUGAGCCUUGAUUAGAGAUAAAAUUAGGUGAAAGAUAGUUUUCUUAAAUUGAGUAGCUAGUUCAUAGCGCAGCUGAGAGUUGAAACUCCAGUCUGAUUCCUGAACAUUAUCCCAUUGAGGAACAUUAUAUAGCAAGUCUGUACCUCCUAGAUACAGAAGAAAAAAAUCAGGUUAGGAAAGGCGUCCAAUUUUAAACCAGCUAAAACCAAAGGGUAAGGAUUUUGAAUUCUUAAUAUAUAGACUUGAUACUGUA